GGCCCGGUAUCUAUCUCCUGUAGAUCAGUCUGAGGCCAUCCCGGUCAUCCAGAUCUCCCAUUGGCCAGGCGUAUCAUUUCCUGAAGCGGUUACAAGAUCCCGAACAUCCUUAUGUGACUGAUGGAUUGAUCAAACCUGAGAGGAAACAGCUUAAGUUUACUUUCACCUUCAAACCGAUAUAUUGCGCUGGUUGGAAGUUGGAACCUAUCCAAGGCGUGUGAUACGGGCCAUGAUAGACCUACCGAUGUAGGCAGUUCUGUCGACAUUACAGCAUGAAUUAUGGUCCGGGAGCUUUCUUGGGGAAUUGGAGACUAAGCCCUGUAAAUCUAGUGCGAGUGAUGACUGUGGUCUUGUUCGUGAUACUUCUGAAGUAUCGAUAUAAUCUGAAAGGUUUCGCAUGUUCUAUUGAUCAAGUAUGCACAUGCCUUGCUGAGUGCUGAACAGGGACGUCAUUCUCUAGGUUUUGGUCAAUGGAUGAAAAUAAGUAUCACAAGUUCAACGUACACGAAGAAGUUCAACUGCCUUCCACGCAGGUCAGUAAUAGUCAGAUAAUCUCUCACAGAAGAUUAAUCGAUGUUGAGUUGAGCUGCUUGAUGGUUGUUCUAGUCUUCAGACUAUUGGUGUUGGCUUGGAUGUCCGCCACCAAGCCAUUUUACAUAGUCCACAGUUGAUCCUACUACAUCAAAACCCUGGACCAAAACCUUGGAUCUUCCAGGGUAAGAAGAAUAGGAAAAGCGUACUGGCUGCUGUGACUGGUAACUGGUGGAUCAAUGGAUGGAUUGCUGCUGCCUGGAGGCUCAUUAUGUUGACCGGUGGCAAAGAAUGGAUCUCGCGAUAGAACCUCCAUAUUCCGGAAGACUUCUUGAUCCAACA